AUACAUAAUGAAAGUGAACAGGAAACAAUGUGGAGUGGAGUAUAUAGUGGAAAAACCACCAAACAAUCCAUUCCAGUUAUAACAACUUGGCAGUUGAAUGAAAGGAUGUAUGUGGCUAUGCCUUUGUUCUUGUUCAUAGUAUGUGUCAAUGAUGAGUCUCAGAAUGAUGUUGUUCUUGCCAUCAACACUGGUGAUGUUAUGCUACAAGAUGCCAUAAGUGAGAAGUUAGGUAAUAUUGUUCACUACAUGGCUACAAUUCUCGUACGUAUAACCACACAAUCUUCCCCCGUGCCUGAGAUAUUCGGCUCUUUUGGCUUUUUGCCUGAUCUGUUGUUGUGGUCUUAUAUGGCCUUCACAGUGGUAUGUUUUGUUCUUUUCAUUUUAUUUAAAAUAUUGCUCUGUAACUAUGACUCAUUGCUUCUGGAAUUUCCUAGUAGAUUUAGGAGUAUUGAUUAUGAAUUCUUAGUUGAUACAAUGAAUUUAACAUAAGUGGAGCUAAAAGGGGAAA